AUGGGGGAGCCCACCGUCGUUGGCAUCGCUCUCUCCAAUUCUGCCCUCGACAAGCAGUUGCGCGCUUCCCGUGCUGCGUUGUAUCCGAAGGAAGUGGUUGGGGUGAUCGCUGGUCUGAUUGCCGCCGUAUCUCUGUUCCAUGUUCUCAACCUUUUCUACAUCUUUCUCACUCGCCCCGCCAAGCGAGGAGCUGUAUCUCUGCAAAGGAUUCCGCUUGCUGUGGCGGAUGUAACCCGUUCUAUCGGGUUUAGGUGGACGAUCUCCUUCGGAUUAUCGUAUUCUUUGAAUCUGGUAGAGGUCGCCUUGACGGCGGCAUACAUAUCUCUGCUCUUUGUGUUCGCAUUGGUUAACACAACUUCAACCACUGGAAUUAAAUUUGAACCACAUUAUUUCGGAAACAGGGCUGGCGAUAUCGCAGCGUCGCAGAUCCCCAUUAUUGUUGCUUUGGGUACCCGCAAUAACAUUAUUUCAUGGAUUACUGGCAUCAGCUACAUCAAGUUGAGCUAUCUCCACAGAAUGACGGCUCGCGUCUUGUGUGUUAUGGUUUGGCUUCACGCUCUUGGCAAGAUGAAAACGGGUGCCCCAGCUACCUUGCCGUUGGUCCGUGUAGGCUUGUUUGCCCUCAGCUCCCUCGCGCUAUUAAGCAUCGUUAGUAUUCGCCCUGUGCGUGAGCGUGCUUAUCAAUUCUUUUUCGUCGUACACUGCGUCCUCGUCUUGAUGUUUCUCGUUGCUACAUAUGUUCACCUGAAGGAUAUUCAUAUGGCCUACUAUGGAAUCUUACCCGCAAUGAUACUUUGGGGUUUAGAUCGUUUCAUGCAUUUUGCGCGCAUCAUUAUAUUCAAUUUCGGUUACUUCAAACCAACACCUUCAACGUCGGAAGACUAUGAUGCGUCCGUUGAUGUUCUCUCUCCUCAAUUUCUCCGUAUCACCCUUCGCCGACCAAGUCAUUUUCGCUGGGCAGCCGGUCAAUGCAGCUAUCUCUCGUUCCCCGGAGUCUCGUCCUGGCCGUUUGAGGCCCACCCUUUCACGAUAUCGACGACUUAUGGCCCUGAUCCUUCUCCAUCUGGGAACAAGCUCAUUUUUUAUGCUCGGGUGCAUGACGGCUUCACACGAAAGUUGCGGGACAGAGCAACAGAGGGGGAAAAGUUCCGAGUGUUUUUGGAUGGUCCGUAUGAUUCUCCCCCUGCACUUGUUGGGUACUCUACUUCUAUCCUCAUUGCUGGGGGUUCUGGAAUUGCAUUCAUACUUCCUCUCCUUAUCGAUUUGAUUGGUCAAGCAAGGCGUGGAGAAACGACGUGCCGACGGGUUGUCUUUGUAUGGUCGAUCCGGGAAUCAGAAAAUAUACACUGGAUCAAAGACUCCCUCAGCCAAUGCUUACAUGGUUUUGUCCCAGGAUUAUCCGUCGACGUCCAAAUCUAUAUCACUGGGAAGUACGCCGAAGGGCUUUUUCCUGUCGAUAGUAUCGCAGAGAAAAUCGAAUUUUCGGGGUCAUAUUCUUAUGGAUUCUCUGUUCCUGGCGUAUCAGUUGGGAUUGGCAGGCCAGACCUCCAAACCCUAUUGGGAGAAGAGGUUCAAGAGGCCUCCGGACCAGUUUCCGUCAACGUGUGUGGUGGCCGGUCCUUAGCAGAAGCGGUGAUGAAAGCUGUUCGCUACCCGCGGCCUAUGGAUAUUUUGAGAGGUGGCCAUACCGUAUCAUUAUUUGUUGAUGGAUCAUUUUAG